CUUAAGCUGCAUUGUUACAGUGCUAAUAUCUACACCCCUAUAACAACUUGUUCUCGAGGACCGGAACUGGUUUAAGAUCGUGACCUUCGCGGGCUUGGGCCCCGGAGCCCUUCCCUUUACUCUUUAGUUUGCGUCAUUUGAGUGAACUAGACAACCAUGUUUGGAGCCCAGGCCCAGGCGAAGCCUGCGCACAACCCGAAUGGCGAUUUGGAGGUGCCGGCGCCAGGCGACAUGGAUUCCAUCAGCAGCCUGACGUUUAGCCCAACGAGUGACUUCUUUGCUGUCACGUCAUGGAACAACAGCGCCUACGUGUGGCAAUACAACCAGCAAGGGCAAACCUUUGCCAAGGCGCAGAACGCUGGCACUCAGCCAGUGCUAGCGAGCGCCUGGAAGAAUGACGGCAGCGGCAUUUUCCUGGCGGGCUGCGACAAGGCGGUCCGGCUGUGGGACCUGGCCAGCAACCAGGCGGUGCAGGUGGCGAUGCACGACGCCCCCGUCAAGGCCGUGGCGUGGUGCCCGCAGAUGAACUUGCUCAUCACCGGGUCCUGGGACAAGACGUUCCGCUACUGGGACACUCGCUCGCCGACGCCAGCGCACACGGGGCAGCUGCCGGAGCGGGUGUACGCGAUGGACUUGCGGGAGGACCUGCUGGUCAUCGGCACGGCGGACCGCAGCCUGCACGCGCUGUUUGUAAACCAGCCGCAGCAGAUCAAGACGCUCGCGUCGCAGCUAAAAUGGCAGACGCGCUGCGUCGCGGUGUUCCCAGACAAAAAGGGGUUCCUGGUCGGCUCCAUCGAGGGCCGCGUCGCGGUGUCGCACCUCAGCGAGCAGGACCAGAAGGACAAGAACUUCACCUUCAAGUGCCACCGCCUGGAGACCGACAUCUACUCGGUCAACACCAUGUCCUUCCACAACCAGUACGGCACAUUUGUCACCGCCGGCUCCGACGGCACCUACAACUUCUGGGACAAGGACUCCAAGCAGCGCCUGAAGGCGCAGGCCAAGGCCAUGUACCCCAACGGCCAGCCCGCACCCAUCACCUGCGGCGCCUUCGACCGCACCGGCCUCAUCUACGGCUACGCGCUCAGCUACGACUGGAGCAAGGGCUACGCCGAGUACAACCCCACCACCAUGAAGCCAUACAUCAUGCUGCACUCGUGUAAGGAGGACGAGGUCAAGCCCAAGCCCAAGCAGCCCACCGCCGGCCGCAAGUAAGCAACAGUGGCCGGCUGGAGCGGCGGCGGCGGCGGCAGCGACGUUGGCGGGGGCAGUGGCGUCGGUGGGCAGCGGCAGCGGCGGGUGGUGCCGACGGGAGCGCGGGAGGAGCUGCUGGAGGAGCGGUGGAGCGGCGGGGCGGUGGCCAUGGGAUGGAGGCGGCAGCAGCGGUGGGGUGGACAGUGGCGGCGCGGCAACAGGGGGGCGGAGGCGGACCCGGCGGCGUUGGGGCUCACUGGCGGCCGCCGCCGGCUCCCGCGCGCAGACAGCAGUGGGCGCACGGGCGGCGUGCUCUGGCAGUCGGUACGGGCCCACGCCAAGGCCGGCCCGCCUGUUGGGUUGCAACGCGGCGGCUGGGCCCACGCUGCGGCGUGGGCCCGGAUUGAGCCCGCCUGUCAGGGCUGGCGAAGCUGGCAACGAUGUCUGGGAUGCAGCAAGAGCUCGCGCAGCAAGGGCCGUCAGGAGCAGCCAAUGGGCGCUGCAGCGUCCCUCCCAGCCGGCCGGGGUUGUUUGGCCGGGCUGCUUGAUGUUGCUGCUGAGCGACGGGGGCUGCAGCUGUCGCGCGGAGGGGGCGGUGACGUUGUGAUGCAGAGUGCAGAUGGGCAAAAGGCAGACCGGGUGCUUUGGGUGGCUCCGGACAGAAUUGUGGCCUUUUACGCGUAUUGGGCCUAGUAUCGGUGUGUGAACGGCCGGACAACGAGCGACGGUAGCGGUGUUAGUCAGAGUGAACUGACAGUUACAAUUGAUUGGAAAAGCGAUAGGUGUGCUGUGUGUGUUGUGUUCGGAGUUAGCUAGCUGCGCAAUCGCAACCGAGACACGUUGGAGGGGGGCAAGUACCGUACUGCUGUGGCGGCUUUGGGAGCACGACGCGAGAUGGGCCCGCCACGUAUGCUUUGGACCUGCAAAGCUGGCACAGGGUCCACGGGACUUGGCGUAUGUACGAGUACGGAGUACGGGGUGCGUAAUGUUUUGUCAGUUUCAACAACACUCAGAACGGGGCCUGGGCGUGGCGGAGGUGUGGGUGGCGGUGCAUGUGUGCGUACGUGCUUGAUAAGCAGUUGCGCCGUGUGCAGGAUGCGCUGCUUGGCUGGGGCCGGUGCAUGGUGCACACAUCAUGCGAGGGAGGCGCUUGACUGGGAUGUGCCUGGCCUUUUGUGCGCUGCUGUUCGCGCGGACUCGAUACUGGUGGAGCUGGGAAUCCGUAAUGAUGAAGAUGCGAAAAGACUA